ACAGGGAGAGAUCAAACAAGGCCCAAAGGGGUAUCGAAGUCGGGAAACAAAUACGCACCCUAAUCGAUCAAGAAGAAACCGCCGCCGCAAAAUGUUCCGGCAAACCGCCCGCAUCCUGGCUCGCCGCACCUCCGCCGUGCGAUCGUUCUCUAGCGAUGUUCCCGCCUCCUCGUCCGUCGAUUCAAACUUCAUUGAUGCGUGGAAGAAAGUGGCGCCGAAUCUGGAUCCGCCCCAGACUCCUCUCUCCUUCAUGAAGCCUCGUCCCGCUACUCCGGCGACUCUACCGACCAAGCUCACCGUCAAUUUCGUCCUUCCUUACUCAUCGGAGCUCUCCGGCAAAGAGGUCGACAUGGUAAUCAUCCCAGCAACCACCGGGCAAAUGGGUGUGUUGCCCGGACACGUUCCCACAAUCGCGGAACUGAAACCCGGCGUCCUGUCUGUGCACGAGGACAAUGAUGUGAAGAAGUACUUCCUCAGCAGUGGAUUUGCUUUCAUCCACGCCAACUCCGUGGCUGACAUCAUCGCAGUGGAGGCUGUUCCGCUCGACCGCAUUGACCCGGCACUCGUCCAGCAGGGACUAGCCGAGUUCACUCAGAAGCUCAGCUCAGCCACCACUGAGUUAGAAAAAGCCGAGGCCCAGAUUGGAGUUGAGGUUCACAGUGCCCUUAACGCAGCCCUCACCGGCUAAUUCAGGUAAUUAUCGUCUUUUAUCCUCGUUUUAUGAUCUGACAGAAAGCAUUCAGGUAUUGUCUUUUUCGAUUCUCGAAAGGUAAAAUAAAAACAAGAGUCUGUUCUUGAGAUGUGUUUCGACGAUGUUUAUGCAUCUUUUAAUCGGACAAAUAGAUGCCUUUUUUCCCCCUAGAAUUCAUCGGGGUUUUUUUGUUGCAGUUGUAAUCGGCGUGUAAUUUGGACCGCUAUCAAUUGGAAGUUUGAAUUCCUUAGAUAUA